ACCUUCACCAAUCAGCGCAAACCCCACUGAUCAAGCGCAAACCUUGCUGCGGGAGGCAUGGAGGAGCUUGUGUGUGCGGCAGAAGGGGGUGAUGUUGUGGAGGUGGAGAGGAUCCUGCGGUAUACGGCCGAUCGUCGCGUUGUGAACGCCUUUGAUUCCAUGGGCUACGCCCCAAUCCACUACGCCACAACAAAUGGACACAAGGAUGUGGCCAAAGUCAUCUUGGAUUUUGGUGGCGACGUUAAUCUGAAGAACCCAACGAAAGGACAGACGCCUUUGCACUGCGCAUGCAACGGAUGCCAUCUGGAGGUGGUCAAGCUUCUUCUGUCAAAGCCAGAGAUCAUUUCAUCUGUGAAUGCCGUGACCAAGAAGUACAAGUACACGCCUCUGCACUGCGUGGCUGCUUCCGGAAAAGUUGCAGCUCCUGUCAUCAUCGGCCUUCUUCUCCGCCAUGGCGCCCUGGUUGACAAGCUGGAUGCCACGGGUGCAACGCCGUUCAUGUAUGCAUGCCGUCGAGGUGACAGCAUUGCAACUGUGCGCGCGCUGUUGAAAUGUCGCACGAAUGUGGCCUUGAAAGACAAGAACGGUGCAACUGCCAUGCACAUGGCUGCAAUCGCCGGCAACGCAGACAUUAUUCGUUUGCUUGCCCACGAAGGGCUCAGCCCUAAUGGCGACAGCUCCCCCAAUAGCCCCAUGCCACCUCUUCACCUUGCCGCAAAGCAUGGACAUGCGGGUGCAGUUGUUGGUCUGCUUCGUCUCGGCGCCCGCCCUGACCGCGCGUGGACCACUGGCCGUCGCGCGCUGCACAUGGCUGCAUAUGCAGGACACAUUGCUGUUAUCGAGGCCCUUGUUCGCGUCAAGGCGGAUGUGGAUGCGCAGGAUGCGGAUGAAUACACGCCAGUCGCAUACGCGGCAUUUCAGGGACACCAGAAGGUGAUUGCCGUGCUGGUGAAGGCUGGUGCGAACCUGCUUAUUUCUCCAAAGAAGACAGGGCUGACACCACUGCAUCUCGCAGCGAAGGAGGGACAGCGCCACGCCGCAGCCGUGCUUGCACUUGCGUCGUCUGCGGCGCUGCACGCGACGGACAAGCAAGGUCGCACCGCGCUCCACUUUGCUGCUCUCCGUGGCGACAUCAACAUGGCGCACAUCCUUCUUCGCGCCGGCGCCGAUGCGACCGUGAAGGACAAGAAGAAGCACACGCCGGCACAAGUCGCUGCUUCGAAAGGGCACAAAGCCCUCGCACAGCUCCUUUCCACAGGGGUAGGGCUGGGAGAGUUGCAGAGGAGCAGCGGCAUGCUCACGAUGCCUGCAGGCAACCAUACAGCGCGCUCUGCCACCGUGUCUCUCCACGGGCGCAGCGCUUCGUCUCGCCCGCAGCCGCCGCGUCGUGGUCAUCACCAGCAAACAACACAGCAGCAAACAUCUCAGAAGCAGGGAGGCCAACACUUGCCUGCGGCCACACAACUUCAGCGACGCGCUACACACACGGCAACACAGCAUCAACGACAGCAGCAACAACAGAAAACACAACACCAACACCAACACCACCAAAAACCAAAACAGCAACAGCAACCACAGCGUGUGCGGCAUGAGCGCCCCGCGUCGUAUAGCGGACCGACACCGCCUGAACGACAGUCGGCAGGAGGACAGCACCGGACACAGCGUCCUGCCUCAGCACGUGCUAAUGGGCGUGGUGACGCGCAAUCUCCCCCUGUUAUCACGCGAGAGGAGCGAGCGGAGAUGGAAGUGGCGGUGCAGUCCGGCGAUGACGCUGAGGACAGUCGCAUUGCGUACUUGCAGGGCCAGUUGAAGACACUCGAGCGGGAAGAAUCGAACAUGCUUGCAAACAACACGUUCCCGCAUGUGUUUGCGUCCUUCCGCCACAUUGGUCGCCACCACUCUGCGCGCGCGUCAGCUGCGCGUGUGAACGUCCGCAAGAACCGAUACGGCGAUAUUGUCGCGUAUGAUCACACGCGCGUGACUGUUGAUGCGGCCAUGAACGAAGCCAACUCGGAUUACAUCAACGCCAAUUUCAUCAGCGGCUACAAACGUCCCCGGGCCUACAUUGCAUGCCAAGGCCCGCUUCCCAACACGGCACGCGAUUUCUGGCAGAUGGUGUGGGAGCAGGACUCUGCGCUGAUUGUGAUGGUCGCGUGCCUGGUCGAGAAGAACCGCCCCAAGUGCUUCAAAUAUUGGCCCAGCCGACAGGACGGCGUUCAGGUGUUUGGGCAAGUGCAAGUAUCACUCACUGCCGAGUCUGUUGGGCGCGACUUCACUCGAAGAGAAUUCAAGCUCAAGAACGACGAGAAGACGCGGCGGGUGACCCAGCUGCAAAUGACGUCGUGGCCGGACCACGGCGCCCCCUCCAACCCGGCCGCUUUUCUUAACCUCCACUCUACAUUCAACGGCAUGCUUCGGCGCCAUCGCUCCCGCGGUCCCGCUGUCAUUCACUGCAGCGCCGGCGUUGGCCGUUCUGGAACAUUCAUCUGCAUGGACAUCCUGUAUGAGAUGGCGCUUGACGGGAAAGAGCCGCUCAACAUUCGCCACGUGAUUUCCCGCCUGCGCGAGCAGCGAAACUUCAUGGUGCAGUCGGUGGAUCAGUUUCGCUUCCUCUACUCCGCUGUGCGCGAAAUGCUGACUGCCCUCAUUGCCAUGGCCCGCACGACCCACAAGCAACAGCAGCAGCAGCAGUUGAAAGCGAUUCCUGAGGGGCGCAGCCGUGAACCCACCGACCAGGGAGAUGAGGAUGAGGAUGACAUGGACGAGGAUUUGCGCGCGUCGCCGCUGGACGGCCGACCGCACAAUCUCGAUGCGAUGACGGAUCAGGAGCAGAUGGAGCUCGCGGUCGCCCUCUCGCUCAGUGAACUGGAGGCGCCACCAAGUCACGACCAGCCGUCGUACAACUCUCAGCCCUUCCGCUCGCAGACCCUCUCGCUUCCCGUCACGUUUGACAUGCAGUACAUUGGAUCGCAGAAAGUUCUCAAGGCGACGGGAUCAUCGGUCAUCACUGCCGCCCUCAAGACCGUUGUGGAUCGGACAAGAAUUUCGCGCAAGCUCAAGUUUACAGUUCAAGUUGACGGCAUUGGGUUGAAGGAGGCAGACAAGAAGAAAGGCGCUCUGUACAGCAUGUCUCUCAUCUCAUGCUUUCAGUGCGGCAUGCUCCCACAACAGCUGCAGGCGCGCCCCUGUGCGGUGAAGCAAACGGCUUACCUCGUGUUCAUCUCCUACGCACCGCGAAAACAUGUGCACGUCGCACAUGUCUUCCUCGCGCCCUCCAUUGAUGAUGUGGAUGAGGUGAACAUGUACAUUGCGCAUGCAAUGGAGGUUGCGCACGCGACUCGGCCUUCCUCGUCACCGCCAGCUCGCGCCCCUGCCAAAAGCAAGAACCCCUUUGCACACGCAAGGGGCGCAAGUGCGGCGUCCUCGUCCACUAAGUCGCGACCAGCGCAGGGCAGGGUAGACGCCCAGAUCGAGCACCAGACCGCCGACGAGCUGCUGGAGGACUUGGGUGAUGAUGAUGAUGACGACGACGACGACGAUGUUGGUGGUCAUGACCAGCGUGAGUGGGCAUGAUUCCGUUUGCAUUCGUGGAUGGCGCCAACACCCCUGCCUUGCGCUGCCUUGUUUUACCUUGUUUGCUCGCUCGCUUCAUGCUUUUCAUCCAUCGCCUUCCCUGUCCUAUGGGGGUUGAGCUUCACUCUCCUUUGCGUUCGUUUCACGACAUGCAGUUGAUUUCGUCUCUGCGCUUUGGGUGUUGCCCCUGCUGCUCCUCCCCAGUUCCCCAUUGCUGCUGCUGCUUCCGUGUUAUCAUCGUGGUUGAGUUUUGCGCAGCUGUCUUCUUCUCGUGACUUGCGUUUAUUCGAGCAGUGAACAAAAACAAGGGC